ACUCUUUCUCGCUUUUUUUCGGCCUUGUAUUGUUUCGACACAUGCUGGGAAAUCUAGAUACGCCAGUUCAGGGAGACCAAAGCUCUUCACACAAGGCACAUACGGCCAAAAGGCAAAAAAACCGAGAUUAAAACGAAAUCGCCAUGGCCAGUCAAAGCGAUCCGUAUUUUAUUGCAAAAGGAGAUGUUCAUUAUCCACCGUUGAAAAGGCUCGCCUCGACUUCAACCAAGGAGCUCGUUCAACGCUUGAGAUUCACCCAAUGUGACUCCAGAGAAAAGGGCGCCAUGCUUGCAAUGGUGGCCGGCAUGGUCAAUAAGUUCGCAGAAGCGCAACCGCAAUCGUAUUGGAGGGAAGCCGCGAUGCUGUCGUCGGUCGUGACUGAUAAUCAGUAUCGCCAUCUCGUCACGAGUUUUGCAAAUACAAUCAUCCGUGGCACAACUGACGGCACAAUACUCGACCCAGAGUUACUGACAUGCUUCGCAUUUGUUCUCCGCUAUGCUCCGUGUACGUUAUCUGCCGAAUCCCAUAUGCUUGGGUCAGUCCUCAAAAGUCUGCAAAUGCGCCUGGAAAAAUCCCAGCGACAAAGUGAGCCGGAAGUUCAGUAUCAGGUGACCAGCAUACUGUCAAUCAUUUUAGAUGCCAUGGUCGACGUCAGGGUCUCCGGGAUUGACAGAGAGACACUUCACGAACCUCUGUCUCAGCAACUUGAGGGCAUGACGAAACACCAAAAUCCUCGCCUGGCUCAAGCUGCCAGCUACGCAUACCAGGCUCUACGAGGAGUUCCCGAUAAUGAGGGCCCUUUUGAAACAUUUCAGCGACAGAGUUGGAAUUUGAUACAAAUAUUAGCGAAAACGGCCGGGGGUGUUUCGAGUAUGGAUCCAACAAAAGCUCUCGAUGCCACAUCAAAUGCAAUGGAAUUCCUAUCUUUCUUCAAAACCGUGGUGAAUGCUCUUCAGGACCUUUAUGAAUCAUCCCAUGAUCUGCAACAGCUGGUACGAAACAUGGCAGACCUAUCCUCGCAGAAAUCCUGGUAUUGGGCUCUUCGAUACAGUAACUUGAUGAUCUCAUCAGGGGCAUUCGAAAUGUUGAAAGCUUUUCUCCAGCAAGUUAAUUACCAUGAGCAGGAACUUCUUUGGUGCGGCGUGUAUGCGCAGCUUGAGCAGGCCUGGGACGCCGGCGAUGGGGACCAGAAGGAGCGAAUCGUUGCUUUCGUCGGCAGCAUCAUACCUGAAAAGAAGGCACCCGCUCGUGUCCGUGACUGGGUUUCGUUAAUUGGCGACACCCUUGGUCAACCAAGCUGGAGGGAUGCAACCCCUCAGCCUCACCACAAGUUCCGCUGGUGGAAGAAUACUUCGUUCAAAUCCGGUAUACCGUUCUUCUCGAUCGAAAGAAUUAGACUGGAUGACGAUCCCAAAGCUCUUCUUGACGCGGCGUGGCGCAAUUGCAGACAAGCCUUGAUCUUCGAUGCUGACAGCGCGAUCAGCGAAUAUUACGCCCGAGACGAUCGCCUUGCAAUCAAACGUAUUUCCGGGAAGCACCUCGACACAAAUCAAUGUUAUAUCAACCUUUCUUUAGUAGAGCGAUCACUGGGAGAGGACGUGUCAAUUCCAGGCCCAGGACCCUCUUGUUUUACACUCUUCAAGAGCCUGCAGGUUGGGCGAGCCGAUAAGGCGAAAAAUGUAAACCUGACCAGGCUAUUUAACGACCGGGAAAGCUCAGACGGUACAACAAUCCGGCCGAGGCGGAUCCUAAUUCGAGGACGUGCAGGGGUUGGAAAGUCCACCCUUUGCAAGAAAAUCGUUCAUGAUUUUCUCCAGGGCCAAUUGUGGGACGGGCUCUUUGACCGUAUUCUUUGGAUUCCAUUGCGGAUGCUCAAGGAUGACGCGAACGUGGAGGAUUUGCUCCGCCAGACGUAUUUAGAAUACGCCUUUCCAAUUCAUGAGCGAAAGCGCCUGACUUCGGCACUCUGCGAUACUGCAUUUGAGGGGACCGACCAGCGAACUCUCCUGUUACUCGACGGCCUUGACGAGAUCUCCGGAUCACAAACUCCCCGUGGAAGUCAACUGAUUGAAGCACUCGGCAGCUUAUUGAAUCACAGAAAUGCUAUCGUCACUUCUCGCCCAUAUGCAACCGAUGGCACGGGUCUCGCACGCUUUGAUCUGGAAUUGGAAACAAUUGGAUUCCGUCCGGAUCAAGUAGAAACCUACGUAACAAAGACAACACAGAGUAAAUUCACAGCAGAUGCGAUCAGAGAGUUUAUCGGCAGUCACCAGCUUGUUCAAGGGCUGGUCCAGAUACCCAUUCAGCUUGACGCAUUAUGCUACACGUGGGAUGGUGACUUUACCAAGGGUGGACCCGAGACCAUGACUGCCCUCUACCAAGCCAUGGAGCAAAAGCUAUGGACGAAAGAUAUCUUGAAACUUGAGAUCAAGGACAAAAACGGAACCAUCAACGAAAAGCAAGCUUGGGCAUUACGGAAUCGUUCGCAGCUCGAAGGGCGAAUAGGAGACGAGAUGAGAUACCUCGAGCUCCUUGGAUUCACUGGCCUCUACAGCAACACAAUUGAAUUCGAUCAGGAUUACCGCGACACUAUACUCCAGAGGAUCAGCAGCUCUGGGGUGAUCGAUGAUCUCUCUUUCAUUCACAGCGUGGAUGACUACACUCUCGACAGACUCUCCUUUUUGCGCACUUCGAAUGCCUCCCAUCACAAGACUGGAGCCUACCACUUCAUCCAUCUUACUUACCAGGAGUUCUUUGCUGCACGACACUUUACCAGACACUGGAUAUCCGGCAAGCCUCUCAUUCUUUUCGAUCCCAAAUCCGAAAAGAGAAAUGGUACAGUGCGGCUCCAACCCGAAGAGUUCCUCCGAAAGGAAAAGUAUAACACGCGCUACGAUAUCUUCUGGCGGUUUGUCACGGGCCUUCUCUGGCGUGAAGACGAUGAACAUUUGUCCCAGUUUUUAGAAAAGAUCGAGCAAGAGCCAUACGACUUGCUGGGACCGGUGCAUCUACGGCUCUCCAUGCAUUGUUUCAGCGAAGUGCCUUCAUUGGACAAGGACUCUCGUAUCGAGCAGUUUAGGAUCCAGAUGAAGCGGCGCUGCAAACAGUGGGCUCUGUUCGAGUUCAAACUUCUCCAUCGAGUGGAAGUGUGCUGUGAGAUGGAGUUUCCUGACGAUAUCCUGAGUGAAAUGCUGCAACCAGAGCCAGACGAUUCGAAGGUGGCUAUACUGGAAGGUGCAUCGCAUAAACCACAGCUCUCCUCACGCUUGUUAGAGACAAUGGUUUCGCUUAUGAAUGACGCCACGGCAUCGGUCGAAGCCAGAGUACAUGUAAUUCAUGCUUUCGGCGAGCAAUCCUACCUGUCAGAGAAGAUAUUGGAGAUUUUGAUGCUUCUGAUACAGAAUACUGAUGUAUCCAAAUAUUUCAAAGCAUCAGCUAUUUAUGCUCUGGGCAAGCGAUCCAUCUUACCUGAAAAUGCCUUGAAAGUCAUAGUGUCUCAGUUAACAGACGCUAAUGUGUCUGUGAGGACUGCUGCUAUUUUUGCUUUAGUUGAUCACUCACCCAUUCCCGAAAGCCUUUUGGAAAUUCUGGCAUCACACUUGGGAAUCAACGAUUAUUCCAUCAAGACAUCGGUAAUUGGUGCUUUAGGCAGACAGCAACCUCUGCCUGACGGUAUUCUGAGAGCACUGAUUUCACAAUUGGAAGACGAUGAUCUGGAUAUCAAGAUAUUUACUUUUCGUGCUCUACAGUGGCAAUCCCUGCCGCCGGAAAUUAUCCUGAAUGUUCUGUUACCUUACCUAAAGGAUGCCAAUCCUGCUAUCAGAAGUGCCGCUAUGUCUCCUAUAAGGUCCCAAAUGUCCAUACCGGAGAAGGGUUUUGAAACAUUGAUCGCCGCACUUAGAGACGCAGAUGAGAACACCAAAAACCUUGCGGGAGGUGUCGUACACAGGAUAAGCACCCGAACAUCACUGCCGACAGAGAUCAUGCACAGUUUGGUGUCUCUGUCCGGAGAUGCCGAUGCAACCAUCAGAAGGAAUGUUGUUACGAUCUUAGACGGACAAUCUGCGUUACCAGAAAAUGCCCUAGAAUCCUUGUUGUAUCGACUAAGCGAUCCAGUUAUUAACAUCCGAGAAGCUACUGAGGAUACCCUCAGCAAACAACCUCUACCAGGGAAGAUUUGGGAGCGCUUGGUGUCUCACUCAACGGGUGCCGAUGUGUCUCUUAGACGAUCUGCUAUUUCCAUUUUAAGCAGACGAAUUCCCUUAGCAGAUAACAUCCUAGAGGCCCUCGUUGCUCAAUUAGAGGACACUGACGGGUUUGCAAGGCAGUAUGCUCUAAGCGCCCUCGAAGUACAAUCUCCUCUGCCAGACAAGAUCCUGAACGCUCUAUCGCUCCAGCUGGUCAAGCAUGCCGGUAAUCCGUCAGUUAGAGGAUACAUUAUUGGAGUUCUCGGUGCACAGCCCUCUGUGCCAGAAAUGGCUCUGGAGAUUCUGGCAUCUCAAUCGUUGAAUACAAACAUGUCAGCCUCGACGCAUGCUUUCUCGGUGCUGGAGAGUCAAUCCUUCCUACCGGGGGAGGUUUUGGAAACUCUAGCAACUUAUCCGAAGGAUGCUGGUACAUAUUUCGAAUUGCAUGCUGGGAAUCUUCUUUGUAGACACGCAAAUUCUUCUACUCUUCCGAAACUGAAAAUGGAGACACUGCGACUUGUUUACCGAAUGGGACCUAAAUAUUGGACCCAGGAACCGGCGAUGUACUCUGUGCAGGACGGAAAGCUUUUUGUGCAGACGUCGUUUGAACGAGAAGUGGUUCCGGUCUUGGAGAGAAAGGAUGAGAUUCUUCGGGCGUUUUGGGAUGAGGCUGUGGCGAUGGGUAAUCCUAUCACGGAGUGGUACAAGUGGUAGUAUUUGUGUUCUAAUGUUGUUCUGUAUUUCUUGAUAGCGAAUAGAGUGGCACAUACACAUCUGGAUCAUGACUUCUGCA